CAACUUAUCUAAACAGCUAAGAACUCUUUGCCGAACACCCCCUGAGACUUCAACCAACUAGCUCUACUUGGACCUUGUUUCAUGUGAUGCCAUAUGCACAUUGUGCAACUGCAGUAUUCAAGAAAUGUUAGCCAGACUCGGUGGGUUAUUGAUGAUGAAAGAGUGGGUGAAGCAUCUGUUGAGGAGAUAUUGGGUAAAAGCAUCCUUCCAUUUUGCCGGGGAGAAGGUUACAAGUUUCAUGCUGCUGGUAGAGAGGAUAUUGAUGUUCGGAUGUUGGGUACAGGUCGUCCUUUUUUAGUUGAGAUACAAAAUGCACGACAAAUUCCUUCCGAGGGGGUCAUAAAAGAUGUGGAGGUUAAAAUAAACUCUAUGGAGUACCAACAUGUAAAGGUUAAAAAUCUUGUUGUUGUAAGCAACCAAGCGUGGGCAAUGAUGCGUGAAGGGGAAGCUGAGAAGCAGAAACAGUAUUCUGCUUUGGUUUGGAUAUCCCGUGAUAUCAACAAUGAAGAUUUGCAAACGAUAUCAUCAGUGAAGGACAUGAAAAUUGUCCAGAAAACACCAAUCAGGGUUCUCCACCGUCGAAGUCCACUGGAGCGCGGAAAGACCAUACAUUGGAUGAAACUGGAGAGGUUACUAGGAAGUUCUCAGUAUUUUCUUUUGCAUCUAUGCACACAGGCUGGGACAUACAUUAAGGAAUUUGUUCAUGGAGAUCUUGGACGCACCCAUCCGAGUAUAGGAUCAAUUCUUGGAUGCAGAGCAGAGAUAUUGCAACUUGACGUUACAGAUGUGAAAGUCGACUGCUUCUAGGUAGGAAGGUAGCAUGUGAUCUGCGCAAUACAAAUGCCUCGAACAUGUACUCUUCAGAAUGCACCCAUCUGCUGAAGGAAUAAUUGAUUUUAGCAUAUAAAUAACACUGAUAAUUGUUCCUACUUUUUUGUUGUUGUUACAUUUCAUUCGUUUAGCAGAAACAUUACUCAUCAUCAUUAUUUUAAUGGAUUUAUGUUCAUUUGUCCUUCGGAAAUUUCAAGUGUUUUCAUUGACUAAAACACUCUAUCAUCU